GACAUUACACUGCAGCAUGCGGCAAUAGCAAGACGAUUCUUCUCGAAGGUUGCACCGCCGUUCACGCUGCAUGAUUACUUGACUCGCUUCCACCAUUGGUGUCCGCAUUCUUCCGGCGUGUAUCUGGGAGCUGUUGCAUACAUUCACCAGCUGUGCGUAUCGGAUCUCAUGGUUCCUGCAACCAGUCGAACCAUACACCGGUUGGCGCUGGCAGCAAUUCGAGUCUCUGCGAAGGCACUAGAGGACAACAAAUGGGCUCAAGAGAGAAUCGCUAAAGUCGGGGGCUUGAGCAAUAAUCAGCUCAUGAAUUUGGAGGUCACUCUCUGCUUUCUGCUCGACUUUGAGUUGUUCGUG